CAUGCCACUCCUUGAUGCUAUUUUAGAGAAGAACAUCCGGUUGCUGGACUAUGAGCGUAUGUGUGACAGGCAAGGCCAGCAUGUGGUGGUGUUCGGCAAGUAUACUGGAGUUGCUGGCAUGAUCAACAUUCUUAAUGGACUUGGUCUUUGUCUCCUAAUACUUGGGCAUCACACACCCUUCAUGCACAUUGGACCUGCCCAUAAUUACCGCAACACAGAGAUGGCAAAACAGUCAAUUUGUGACACUGGCUAUGAAAUUUCGCUGGGCAUGAUGCCGAAAUCCAUUGGUUCUCUGAUGUUCAUCUUCACGGGCACCGGGAACGUGCCGCAGGGGGCCCAGGAGAUAGUUCAGGAGCUGCCCCGGGUUAUGUCUUGGAAGGUGGAAAAAUUGAAACUCCAAACAAAUGACCUGUAG